GCGUUAGAAGUUUCAACGGAAAUUUACAGUCUCUAUCUACUCCAGUCUUUCCUCCUAGAUUACGUCUCCUUUCUUUCUUGGUUUUUACAUAAUCUCAUCCCAAAUUUCUGACCAAAUAAAAAAGGAAAAAAAUUCUCAUCCCCCAAACAAAUUCUGUGUCUCCGAGAGUUGUGUAAUCAAUGGCAUCAUCACCAGUUAUUUGUGGGAUCUCUGUAUGUCUUCUACUUGUGACCCUUUUCUCACAAACCAAUCUUUCAUUAUCAACCACUACUAGUCCACUCCAUAUCGAAGAAUCAGUGACAGACAUCCAUGAACUCCUCCCAAAGUAUGGUUUCCCAAAGGGUAUCCUCCCAAACAACAUCAAGUCCUACACUCUCUCUGAAGAUGGAUACUUUGAGAUCUAUCUCCUCAGCCCCUGUUACGUCCAGUUCGACCAGUUGGUUUACUAUGACAAGAAGAUUACUGGCAAAUUGACUUAUGGGUCGGUCUCUAACGUGUCUGGGAUCCAAACCAAGAAAUUGUUCUUGUGGCUCUCUGUCACUGGGAUUAAGGCUGAUAAGGAUUCGGGUAUGAUCGAGUUCUAUGUUGGGUCUUUGUCCGAGAGGCUUCCUGCUAAUCAGUUUGAACAAGUACCCACCUGUAAGGCCAAGGCUUGCCAUGGGUCUGAGUCUCACCCAGAUUCAAUGAUGAGAAAGUACUUAGUUUCAUCAAUGUGAUUAGAAAACUGAAAUGCAUAAAAUAUGUGAUUACAACUUAAGACCCAUCAACGCCGCAGAGCUGAAUGAGAACUCUCUUUGCUGUGAAUCUUGUUGAAUUACUUUCAGUGUUUAACAACUGUGUUUAUUUCAGUACUACAGGCUUUGGCCUUGAUCAAUAUAUUGUCUAAUAUGUAAAUUUCACACCUUUCAAGUGAAUUAUAUUGUGAUUUUCGCUUUUGUGUCAA